UUUAGGUUCUAGAUAUUUGAUUAAGUGUGUCGUAUCUUAAUUGAAUUCUAGAUUUAAACUCCAAGAUAAGAUAAGAGUGUGUAACAUCUCUUAAUACCAACUUGGUUUUAGCCAUCCCUGAUUUCUCCCAUUUCAAAUCUUUUCCAUUUCAUCUUCUUAAUCUUAUUCUUUUCUUCCAUUAAAAACACCAAAAGAACUCCAUCAUCUCCAUAUUUUCGUUCAUCCAUUCCCAUCAUAUACACCACCAUUUUGUACCCAUUUCAAAGCCUAAAACCCCAGAAUUGACAUCCCAGACAUGGUUGGCUUUUUAAACGUAUUUGGAACCAUUGAAGAUGCUUUGGUCAAUUUUGGACAUUGUCGAUGUGGAGGUCUUAAGGCAGAGUAUGGUCUCAAUACAAGAUCUUCAGAAUAGCAUGUUAAGCACAUAUGAUCAAAACUUUGGUGAAUUGACACCCCGGACAAGGGUGCUCAAAUUGAUUAAGGACACUUUCGAUGUGGAUGUCUCAAAGCAUAGUAUGUUCUCAAUACAAGAUCUUCACAAACAUAUGCUAAGCACAUAUGAUCAAAAUUUUGGUGAAUUGACACCUUGCACAAGGUAUGCAAGGAGAUGGAAGAACAACAAGAACGCCAAGAUGACCAAAUUGAAAGGCAAGAGGAAGAAUUAACACAUCUUCGAACUUCCUUGAAAGUUAUGCUUCAGCGCCUUGCAGUUGUGGAGAGAUGUUCUUCUCAUCCAUCAUCGAUCUCGUCUACUCAUCCACACUACAAUGAUGAGCGUCAUGAACAUGUAUUGAGUGAUGAACACAUUUCUAGUCGGGGGCGUCUAUGAUAACAUGCGUGGUAUAUUUUGCUAUUCUUAUUAGUAUUUAUUGUAGCAACCUCUUUCAUGCAGCCCCACUGAAGUUUGCCAUUUUUACAAAAUUGAAGUAGCUUGUCAACGACUCCACUACAAGAAAUUUGACCUUUUGUAACAAGGGGUGUCAAGACUGAGGAGGGGAACCUGGACUAAAGGCGGUAGGUUCGU